GGAAACAAAUCCUUGUCCUGCUCCAGCCUGGGAUUCCUUCCACAGGAGGACAGUCACAUCCUUCGUGUCAGACAGACAGAGCAUUCUUCAUGGUCAGGUACCCAAUGCCAAAAGUGGGAUUCCUCCUCAGCACGUGUCAGUUGUUCUUCUUCCUCUUCUAAGGACAGUCCACAAGUCUCACCUUCCGACCCAUUCCUAAAGAUUUCCAAGAGUCCAGGGCAGUUUGAAUUUCCCCUUUGAGCUUGUUGUGUAAUGAGGGCAAUCCCCUCACUGCAGGCACCAUCGGGGGCGGGGGGGCUCUGUCUCUUCCUCAGCUCCCGGGGCACCCGGAUCGGUGCCGUACAGGGGGGGCUCCGUCGCUGCCUCGCCUCCCCGGGCGCCCCGAUCGGUGCCUCAGAGCUGCUCCAUCGGUGCCUGAGCCCCCGGGGCAUCCCGAUCGGUGCGGCGGGGGGGUCUCGGUCAGUGCCUCAGCUCUCGGAGCACUCCAAUCGGUGCCGCAGGGUGAGGCUCCGUCGGUUCCGCUGCUCCCGGGGCACCGCGAUCGGUGCCGGCCCUGGAGCGGUGCCGGCCCUGGAGCGGUGCAAGCACAGGAACUAAUGCCUGGUGUGACACACCGGUCCCGGGCCGCGGGCCAAGCCCCGCCCCUCGCUGCUUUCCCGCGCACUGAUUGGACAAAACGCCAAACUCCACCCCUCCCCCACAUCGGCCUUAAAACCGGAGCACCGGGAGCCCAGCCCCACUCGGGUCCGGAGCUGCGACGCGGCAGUCACGGCUGCUUGUGCCCCAGCUCGGAGCUUCUGGCGGGCGAACGGACAGACGGACGGGACCGCGUGUGCCACCAGCGCGGGUGUGAAGCUGUUCCCGAGGCCGAUCUCCGAAAGGCUUUUCCAGCACUCCUGAUGUCUCCGGAGCAAGGGGCUGUUUGUUCCCAGCACAGAGAUGCCGGCUGUGAGCUGGAGGAGAAUCAAUCCUGCUCCCAUCACGGAGUUGUACAGGAGCUUCUGCAUCUCCAGGAGGGACCAGCAGCUGCGGUUCCACACUUGCCUUUGGCUCAACAAGCUACUUGUCAUGAGCAGGGGGAUGCCACUUGUAAACGUGCAGGAAAUGAAGAUGUGGAGAGUGGAUUCUGCAGCCGUGAUGGGAGUGUGAGGGAGCCCCUGCGUACCCAGGGCAGUAAUGUACACAGAAGCAUCCUCAGAAGCUUCCCAGGCAAGCGGUUCAGGUGCCGUGCCGUGCCCGUGUUGGUGCUGGUUGUGCUCGUGUUGCUGGUGCUGGCUUUGGCGGUGGCCUUGGCUGUGCAGUCAGCCCCACAGCUUCCAGUCACACCUGCGACUCCACAGUGCUGUCCCUCUGGCUGGGUUGGCUACAAUGGGGUCUGCUACUACUUCUCCAGGGAUUCCAGCACCUGGGAGCAGGGUCAGGAACGGUGCUCCGAGCUGGGGGCCUCCCUGGCCAUUGUCAAGGAUGCGGACCUGGGUUUGCUCUUCCGCCUCCGCGGGAACGUCGAUUACUGGCUCGGGCUGCGCAGACGGGGCCAGCGCCUGCACUGGGGGGACGGCAGCAACUUCAGCUCCUGGGUUCCUGUCCUUGGCAAUUCCGAGUGUGUGUACCUGGCUGACAAUAAAUUCCGGUGUGAGGACUGCUCCAAUGAGCGGCCGUAUCUGUGCAGCAAGGCCCAAGCUCCCCUGUGACAGGGGCUGCAGAAAGGACCUUCUCCACGCUGGGCAGUCCCAGCUUCACCUCUCAGCCUGGCACAGGCUGUCCUUGCUCAGCUGCAGCCUGUGCCUUGCCCUCACUCUCAGGGUCACCUCGGUGCCUGUUCCUCGCCACUGCCAAGGCUGGGCUGGAUGUCCAAAGGAAAAGUCUCUGCAAUCCCUCGUGGCCCCGGUGCUGCCUGCAGGGAGGGCAUUGCCCCCAUGACACCCCCAGCUCCAAGGGCAGCCACCAGCGCCCCUGCCGGCGGUGCGGGAACUGCAGCCAAGGGGAAAGUGCCUGCGGCCGAGAGCGCCUGGGGCUGGGUUUGGGCUCUGUUUGUUGUUAAUGCCGCCCUCGGGGUUGUCUGUCCGCUUUGUGCUACGUCCUAGUAAAGAACUGUUACUCCUCUU